AUGACAAGGCCACCCCAGCGGCGUGCGUCCAGCAGCCACGCCGAGCCAAGCCAAGGCAAGCACCAGCCUUCCCCUCUCUCCCUCCCUUUUCUCUCUCUCUCUGCUCGGUGGACGCUGACACACACAUUUAAUGGAAGGAAACGCCACGCACCCCUCCACCCCCCUUACCCCUCAGCUUCUCCCUGCGGACGGGUUUCCUCCACUCUGUCAGAGCAAAGUGUGGCCACAGCUGCCCCUGCCCCGCAUCAGGUCAGCUUCACGGGACGUCCAGAGCAAAAUGUCGAACUCUCCCAGAAGAAAGCUGCUGGAUUCCCGAACCAACAGUCAGUGGAAAGACUGUGGAGCUCACAGCCUCUCGAACGCUGCAUCAGGACAGGGAUUCAGGAGCAAAGGGGUAAAAGAAAUAAAUAG